AUGGUGGAGGUGCCCCGCGGGCGCGGAGCGGGGCAGCCCUUCCCGCACGCCGCCGAGCCGCUGCCCUACGCGCCGCACGGCCCCUUCCCCAACGGGCCCGCCCGCCCCGGCGCUGCCCCUGGCGCUGCCCAGGGCCACCCGCGCCCGCCGCCGCCGGCCCCGAGCUCCUCGGGCCGCUACGGCCCCUGCCCGGCCGUGGCGGGGGGCGGCGGCGCGGAGCUGAGCGCAGAGAGUCGAAUGAUUCUGGAUGCCUUUGCUCAACAAUGCAGCCGGGUUCUAAGUCUCUUAAAUUGUGGUGGAAAACUACUGGACAACAAUCACUCUCAGUCCAUGAUUUCUUGUAUAAAGCAGGAAAACCCAAAUUAUAGUGAAAGACAAGAGCAAUGUCAGCUCGGGAAAAUGGUCCAUAGUCAGACAUCAGACAUUUUAGACAUAGAGAUGCAGUAUAUGCAAAAGAAACAACAAACCUCAGCCUUUCUGAGAGUUUUUACUGAUUCCCUUCAGAACUAUUUGCUUUCUGGGAGCUUUCCUUCUCAGAACACCUCAUCAAUAAAUGAUUUUAGCCAUUUGGCAGAUGUGGAUCCACUUUCAGCCUCUCCAGUACACACUUUAGGUGGAUGGACAUCUCCAGCAACAUCGGAAUCUCAUGGUCAUCCAUCAUCUUCUACACUUCCAGAGGAGGAAGAGGAGGAAGAGGAGGAAGGUUACUGCCCUCGGUGUCAAGAGCUAGAGCAGGAGGUAAUUUCAUUGCAACAAGAAAAUGAAGAGCUUCGUAGAAAGUUGGAGAGCAUUCCAGUGCCCUGCCAGACGGUUUUAGAUUAUUUGAAGACUGUACUUCAGCAUCACAACCAGCUUAUGGUACCACAGCCAACAGACCAUCCAACAGAGGGGAGUAAGCAGUUGCUGAACAACUACCCUGUCUACAUCACUAGUAAACAGUGGGAUGAGGCUGUAAAUUCUUCCAAGAAAGAUGGACGACGGCUCCUUCGCUAUCUCAUCAGAUUUGUUUUCACAACCGAUGAGCUUAAGUACUCAUGCGGCCUUGGAAAAAGGAAAAGGUCAGUGCAGUCAGGAGAGACAGGUCCUGAAAGACGUCCUCUGGAUCCAGUUAAAGUAACAUGUCUCAGAGAGUUCAUUAGGAUGCACUGCACCUCCAACCCGGACUGGUGGAUGCCCUCUGAGGAGCAGAUAAACAAGGUGUUCAGUGACGCCGUGGGACACGCGCGCCAGGGCCGCGCCGUGGGGACUUUCCUUCACAACGGCCACUCCUACUACGAAGGGACUGACCACCCCCCGUCACAGGAUGAAGUCUUCAACAGAGGUAUGCAAGAUGGAUCUGGAGAUUGAUGGCAGUGACAACCACAUCACACAACAGUAGCAACCACUUAAUUUAGGAGAGACUGUUUGUUAAACAUGCUUAACCCUGCUGUCAUUUAGGAAUCCAAAGCAUGUUUGAACACGUACUGCAUACAUUCCAGCUUCUCCAUCCUACCAUAUCCCAGUUAACAGAAAGAAAUCCAUUUCAAGACCUGCUUUAUGGGACUUCUCAGUGCCUAUUAUUUCCAAACUCUUCAUAGCACACUCAAAGAGAAUGUGCAGUUCAUUUCAUCCAGUUGUAGAGGAAAGAUCAUUUAAAAACUAUAAAAAUGUCAAAAGAAACAGCAGCUACUAUCUCUUCAGCCUAUUGAUAACAAUCCUAGGCCUGGACUCGGAACAGCUGGGUGCUAUUUGAUUUCCCUGACUAGAAGAUUUAAGUACAAGUCUGCACACUUACAACAACAACAAAAAAAAGUUGUUUCCCAUUUGCUAACAGAAAAGAACAUAAUUAUAAAUGCUACCUUAAAAUACCACACAAGAUAGGAAAUCCAGGGACUUUCUUAGCCAAAUCUGUCAGGAAAUUAAGCUUCCCCAGUAAAACAGCAGUACUCAUCAACAGCAGAAUCCUUCAAAGACCCAGAACAAUAGCAAGCACUUCUAACAGAUAAAAAUUGCAUUGUAUAUCAGAUAGACAGUAUAUUUAUCUAGAUUUCUAGAGGAUUAGAGUUGAUCAUGACAGUUUUCAUUAAGAAAAGAUUGCUAAAAACAAAUUGCCAUUUCAGAAGACAGAUUUUCCUUUGUCUGUUCCUAUUCUGCAGCCAUAUUACGUAGCUUUAGAGGCUUUAAAUUGCCUUUUCUUGUUUUCACUUUAAUUUGUGUUUUAUAUCCAUUCCUUGAAAGAGGUGAGGCAACGUGCUGGUUUUGCUCAGUGUUGCAUUCAGGGAGGGGUUGGGCAAGAAGAACCUGGUUUAUUGUUCUGUAGUAAGUAGACAUAGGAUCCAGACUGAGAGCUGUAAGAAAGGAGCUGUUGGAGCAGAAUUCACAAUGGUGUACAACAUUGGAAGCAGAUACUAGCUUUAAAAAAAAUGUCAAUCCACAAAAAAAAAAGUUUAAUUUUAAAUGUUUAGGAGUCCAUUGUCCCUCUAAAUUGAUCCACGCCAGAAAUAUGCAAUGCCAAAGAAACGCUGCUCUUUCCUUUCCACAUCAGGUUGUUUCCAUUUCCUUACCUUUGUGUGCUCUCUCAGGCCAGUGUUGGCAUCCUCCAUAGCCUGAACCAGCACUUCCUGAGGCAACAUUUCCCCACUGGCAGGUAGAGGGAACUGGUUUUUUGGAAAGAAAGCUCACUCCACUUUUGUCCAUCCUUAGUGCUACCUCAUCAGCGUUGGCUCUCCUGAACGCUUCUCUCAUACUCCCCAGCUUUCCUCACCGCCUUGUGCAAGCCACAAGCAUAGCUACUAAUGGCUCCUUUCACCCUUCUCCUCCCCUUCCCCACCUUCUGCCCACGCACCAGGCAAGGCAGGAGGCACUGGACCCUUCCCCAGAGACCAGGAAGGGCUCUCUGGGGUGCAGCACUCCUCAAAACCCAGCCUGGCCACAGGGCUGAGGCUCCAAGUCCAGCUCACCCACACAGGAGCUCCUUCCUGCCCUCUGCCUCCCCUCUGCCUGUGGGUUCCCUGUGACUGCUCUCUCCUGGCCUCUGGGGCAUCUCAGGACAUGGGCUCACCAUGCACUGCCAUAGAGAGGACCUUGCUCUGUCCCCAUAUGCUUUAGGCCCUCAAAUGUC